AUGACCAUGUCAGAUACACCCGCCACCACUUCUGCCUCUGCGGCUGAUCCUGACACUCCGUACCAAGUCCUGUUGGCAACAUAUGCUUCCCCAAACAACGAAAAGUUUGAGCACGUCCAUAAAUUACCUACGCCGCCUGCAUCCGACAAAGUCAGUGAGAGAACCGCAUAUUUAGGGGCAUUACGCAAAGCUACAGGGGAAAUGCAAGAAAAGAUCAAUAAGGAACUGACUGCACGAAUGGAGGAGGAUAAACUACGAGAAGCUGAAAGUGCAGAUGGAUCAAAGAUUCAUGGUGGGGUAAUUGAUGAAGCCAAGGAAGAAGACAAUUAUGGGGAGGAGGUCGUGGAAGAGGAAGAUUGA